AUGGCCACGACGCCAUGGGGUGGACACGUGUUGCUGGUCGUGUACAUCGGCUUGAGCGCGCUGAUAAACCUGACGGAAAGCCGGAAUGGACUCGACAAACCGGAUGAUUACGACAAGAUUCUGGGCUACUACGCGUCCUGCAUGUGCCCGUCGGCCGGCCUGAUCGCUCUUGUGAUCCAUGGCGUUUGGUUGUUCCGCCGCCUGCCAACCGGCAACCCGCGAGCGAAUCGGGGAUGGCCUGCACGUCCGAUUCACCAUGCCGUUCGUGAAUGGCAUCGCGGCGCUGUGGAGCAGUCUGCCACCAUUGUAUAUGUGGCUGACGAUGCAGACCACGCUGAAGAAGUUAGACACUCCGAUGUAUCGGAUGUUGUUGAACUUUGCAUUGGGCUCGAUGCGGUCUUCACCGCC